AUGUUCAAACUUGUCGUCGCAAGCCUGGCUUCUGCUUGGCUUGCCAGCGCCCAAGAAACUGACAAUGAUGUCUAUCAUCCCCACGCGGCUUUCGCCUUGGUCCGUACUGGAGAGCGCACUCCUACUAUUCGACGAGGAAAUCCUGUUCUCACUGCAUUGGGUGCGCAGCAAAUGUUUUUACUUGGCCAAAACUUCAGGACUCGCUACAUCACCGGAAAUGCGCCAGAUGGCUUGGGUGUCCAGCAUAUCUCUGGAAUGUCCACCGAUGCGUUGAACAACGACCAGAUCUCGGUUCAAACGUCAUCUCAGCAGCAUGUGAUCUCUUCGGCACAGGCUUUCAUGCAGGGUCUUUAUCCUCCGCGCAACAUUGCCAAUAGCAAUGGCACAGGAAGUUCUACCGGUCUGCUCUCUAACGGUAGCGCUAUUGAUUUCCCGCUUGGUGGAUAUCAGUAUGCGAGUAUCCAGUCAUCGAGCCAUGUUGACUCCGACUCUGUUUUCGUAUCUGGGAACCAGAAUUGCCCUACCGCUCAGCAGGCUGCCAUGAUGUACUACACAACAUCAAAUUUUUAUAAUACGAAGACCGCAACGGAUGACUUCUACGACAAGCUAAACCUCGAUUGGUUCGAAGGAAAUCUGAUGCCGGAGCAACUCAACUACAUUAAUGCAAUCGAGAUCAAUGACUACCUGCAAUAUCAAUACAACCACAACAGCAGCAUUUAUCGUGCUCUGGCCAACGACUCAUCUUUUGCUGGUGUGUACGAUGAAGUUCGCACGCUUGCAGACGAACACGCGUGGUAUCGUUAUGGCAACACCUCUUCACCCGCCAUUGAUGCGGACAAUCAAGCCAUCGGAGGCAAAACACUUGCAGCCAGCAUCUUGAACACUUUCCAACUGCUAGUAGCCGACAGACUCGGCCCCGGCGAUCCGAAUGAUAUCUCCUCACCACUCACCUUCUUAUUCUCCGAACCAGAGUCAUUCAUCUCCCUCAUAAGUAUAAUGAUGGCCGAUUAUCGCGACAACUACUUCCGCUCCAUCCCCCCCUUCGCCUCCGCUCUGAUCUUCGAACUCUUCAGCACCGGCGAAAACAACACAUUUCCCACCACCAAAGACGACCUAUGGGUUCGAUUCUACUUCCAAAACGGCACUAAUUUCGACGCGAACCAACUCACUGCGUUCCCAAUUUUCGGCAACGGACCGAGCAGAACGGACAUGCAGUGGAGGGACUUUGAAGACCUGUUUAGUCGAGUCAAGAUCGACACGCUACAGGAUUGGUGCACCUCAUGCAACAGCCCAGCCCUAUUCUGCUGGGGCGUAGACGACACCAGCGUCCUUCCCCCCAUCCGCCAAAGACACAAUGCCAUCACCCCGGCUAUCGGCGGCGUCAUCGGCGCAAUCGUCACUCUCGCAGUCGCAGGCCUUCUCUUCGCGCUCGCAAUGCUCCUUGGUGGCGUACGCUUGCACCGCGUGCCGCGCAACAAGAAAUCCGAAUUAGGCGGCUUCAAGGGCUCGGCGAAACUCGCAUCGGAUCCAGACCUCAGUCUCGCGAAAAACGGGGCAAUGCCGGCGGGUAUCAGCUUUGUGCCGGAGGGUAAGAGGGGCCAUGAGCGGGUGGGGAGCUGGGAGUUGAGGCAGAAGGAGUUUGGGGUUGAGAGGGAAGGAAGGGAGAGUUUGGAGGGGAUUGAUGGGGUUGCGAGUAAACCUGUUCAGCCUAGUGAGCAUGUUUGA